AUGUAUGCAGCACAGAUGAUCAUAGAGGAGGACGAAGAGGCUGAAACGUCGUCACAACGGCAAACUAGGAGAGUCGCUUUAAACCGAGACCGAGAAGCCGGCCAUGAUAAUUUAGUGGCCGGUUAUUUUGCCGACGAACAUGUGUACACGGACGCGAUGUUUCGACGUCGGUUUCGAAUGAGUCGUCGACUAUUCUUACAUAUCGCAGACAACUUGGACCAGUCUGAUCCGUUUUUCACAUUGCGAUACGACGUUAGGGGCCAAAGGGGAUUGACUACUUUACAGAAAUGUACGUCGGCCAUUCGCCAACUAGCAUACGGGUACGCAGCCAAUUCAUUGGACAAGUAUUUAAGGAUGUCCAAAAGAACUGCACGUGAAUGUUUGCACACGUUUUGCGAAUGGAUCGUGAGAUUAUAUAGAAAGAAAUAUCUGCGGAAACCAAACGCAAACGACGUCCAAAAAUUAUAUCCAGCACACGAACAAAGACAUAGUUUUCCAGGAAUGCUCGGAAGCAUUGAUUGCAUGCACUGGCCGUGGCAGAACUGCCCUACUGCCUGGCAAGGUCAAUAUACUCGGGGCGAUCAUGGUCAUCCAACUAUAGUUCUAGAGGUUGUUGUGUCACAGGAUCUCUGGAUUUAG